AUGCCAUAUAGCAGUGAGACAUUGUGCAUGGCAAGCCUUCUGUUCGACAAUGGAACUCGCGCGCGAAGCCUUCCGCAUACAUGCACUACAGGCUGUGAUGUCCCGGAGCUCGCCGUCACGGUGCACGCGAUAAGACAAAGGCCAGGUCGCUACUCGCCAUUGUUGUGUAUUAACUUGCUCUAUAUCAUCAUAGCUCACCGAAGCAUCGUUGGCUAUACGACGAUUCUCAGCCAUUUCCUCCGAGUCAUUGCAACCUCCUCAUCGACCUACCAAGUGCGACAAGCCCCGACACAAGACAGACGUCUAGGACUCGAGUUGAAUCUAAUCAACGGAUAUCCGUUCGUGCAGCAGAUCCUCCCCCGAUUGCGAAAGAUCGAAUGGAGUCGACCGAGAUCGCCCCCGCCGGUCGUCUACUCCGAUUCCGACCUGAACGGCAAGUGGGUCACAGUGCGCCUCGAUGACUUGGACAUACCAGAGUCGCCUGUCGAGUCCGACAGCUACGGGAACCCUUCCGCUACGGCUUCAACUUCGCAUGGAGCAGUACUAGUAGACUCGGACGAAGUGUCCGCUAGUCACGGUCAAGAAGCCGGGCCUCAAAGCGAGAGGCUCCACCCAAGCGUAAAGGUCAGUGAUCGCAUUCGCAGGGCUGACGGACAACGCCUCAGGCGUCAGACGCGAUCAGGUGCAGAGAGUGCCAGUGCCAGGUCAUAAGGAAGCGAAGGCUUGUGUGGCGGUUCCGAUGCAGAUAGUGCGGAUACGCAUAGAGGCUUACCGUUUAUGUAUUUGGCAGGAUUUCGAGCCACGGUGAGCAGUAU